AUGUCAGACCUCUCAGGGUCACGUUCUCCGGUCCCUCCACCACCGCCGCCGCCCACCAAAUACUCUCAUCGGGCCGCCCACGCGCUUGCUCGUAUCGCGCAGCCUUUCUUCUCCGGGUCGAGACCUCCCAGUCCGCAGAGCAGCCGCGUGGAUGACGUUAGACCGCUCAGAUCGAAACCACUGCCUGGUGAGCCACAGACUGUCACCCACCGCACCGGGAUUCCGAUCACAGCCCUAGACACAUCCCCGGACGGCACGCACGCGGUCAUUGGAGGGAAGGAAAUCCUCAAAACAAUCAAUGUCUCAGCCGAUCACUCGUCAGAGGAAUACAACAUCCGCAAUGCGGUUAUCAGCUAUGCAUCGACGCAUCACCAGUCGGGAGCCUCGACAAUACACAAAGAUCAAUUGAAUGUGAGAGACGUCAAAUGGUCGCAUAGCAACUAUGAGCGAAUGAUCGCAACGGCAGUUGCAAAUGGUCGCAUCAUUCUCUAUGAUCUACAUCGACCUGGUCUACAAGUAUGUCGUUUCCAAGGCCACAAUCGACAGGUUCACCGACUGGCAUUUAAUCCACAUCUCGCAUCAUGGCUGUUAUCUGGCAGUCAGGAUGGGACGAUUCGUAUGUGGGACUUGCGAUCUCCUUCCAUGGAUCGAAGCUUGUCCACGUGUGGUAGUAAGGAAGUCUACCAAAGUAAUAGCGACGCGAUUCGAGACGUACGGUGGUCUCCUUCUGAUGGAGUCAUGUUCGCUACUGCCUCUGAUAGCGGUGUCAUUCAGAUGUGGGAUUCGCGCAAGACAAAUGCUCCCGUCAUGCGGAUCGCAGCCCACGAACGGCCUUGUUUUGCCAUAGAUUGGCAUGCCGACGGAAGACACGUCAUCAGCGGGGGCACUGAUCGGUUGGUCAAGGUCUGGGACUUCUCCACUGGGGCAGAGCGACGACAGAAGCCUCUUUUCCAGUUUCGGACUCCUCAAGCUGUCACCAAUGUUCGAUGGCGACCUCCGUCCUUGGUUGGUGACUCACCAAGCACAGGGAAAUGGCAAUCAACUCAGGUUGUCACCACCUACGAUAAAGAAGACCCUCGGAUUCAUCUUUGGGACCUUCGUAGAGUCCAUGUUCCUUUCCGAGAAUUUGACCGGUACGAUGUGCCGGCUGCUGAUUUACUUUGGCACUCAAAAGAUCUCCUAUGGACUGUUGGCGAAUCGGGAGCCUUUACUCAAACCGACGUUCGAUAUGCUCCAACCGUUGCAAAUCGUCGGCCCGUGUGUGCAGCGGCGUGGAAUCCUAAUGGAAGCUUUGUCGCAUUUGGCGAAGCCCGGCCGAGACGACGUGGUUUAGCUCCAAAUGGAUCCGAAUUUCUCAAUCUCGACGAGGAUCUGAGUAGCAAUGGCGAUCACUCGUUGAGUCAGAGUCCGGCCGACGAUGUUCUCGACGGGGUCGUUGUGGCCUCGUCAUUCAGGCCGCGACAGUCAAAGCUAGCUACGACCAGGCAGUCAAAGUCUUUGGGAAGUACUCCGCCUGGUGUGAUUGACAUCACGCAGGUGUUGCCUCUCAACCAGGCUCUCGCUAAGAUCCCUCCUCUUCCCCUUACCAAUCAGAUCGGAAUCAUUGGGUCCAUUCCUAAUGCGACGAACACUCCAUCCCAUUUCCGAUACUUGGCGCGCCAUUACUCGUCAUUACUGAACGAAAACGCGCACGCUCAAAGCUCCAUGGAGCUUCUACUUCAGCUGCUGAUUUCGCUUGACAAGAAUGCUGAAUGCGCUAUGAGUCUCUCCUUGCCAAGGCUUGCCCAGACCUGGCGCAUUGUCAAGUUUGCGAUCAUCCAAGAGUUCCAGCGACGAGCGAGAGAAAUGCAGUCUGGAAACAAAGGGACGAAACCAAGGACAUCCAAAGAUGGUUUGGCGAUCAGCUCACGGGUUGGUGACCAUGAUCGAUCGGGCAAGAUGAAAAGUCGGCUUUUCAAAGGUGUGAUGCAAACCGAGGGUCAGCGAAACGUCGUGAGUGACACGGAGAGUACUUCCAACAUGACUACUCCCCUUGCGCAGCCCAUACCCGACACACCACAGGAGUCAUGGAGCAGCAGUACAGACUCUCAAAUUCCCUCACUCAGUGAAAGUGGGAUUGAUCUUGACCCUCUCCCGCCUUCAGUUCUAAGCCCCCAUAACGGCUGGGCUAUGUCCGAAAGCGACCCCCCUUCGAAUCAACACGCUUUGAACCUUAACCGAGACCAGUCACUAUCCAGUAAUGAUAACUCGUGGUCAGCGGCUGUCAUUUACCAGCGACUUCGUGAUCCGCUACAGCCUGAGCUCGACGAUGAGCAAAGAUCGGCCCCUCGGGCAAUCGCGGGAAGAUCAGACUGGCACACUCGCCUCAGUCGAGAGAUCCCCCCGGAUCCAAAUGAAGAUGAAUAUGAUCAAAAGUUGGAACAUAAGCGAGCUGCAAUCAGCAACUACAAACAACAUCCAAAGAAAGUUCUCAAACUGGACACGCCGACGGGAACUGAUCGUGGACCAUCCGAUGGCUACAUAAGACGUGAUUCUUCUGAGAGUUUCACAAUGUUCUCAGCAUCGACCGAUGGUUCCAAUCCUUCGAAAUCGAUUGCUGCUUCAUUUUCAUCAAAUAUCGCUCCUGCCGACGGUCGAGAUGGUAGUUACGCCGGUUCCUUCGCCGGCAAAGCGGCUCUAGGAACCCGGAAAGAACCUUAUCUCGAGACGUCUCCCGAAGAGCCGGAGGAAGAUGUUGCUGAGCUGGAUGAAUUGGAUGUAGCACAAGAAGGGCAGAAUCAUCUUGCUCGGCCAUCCACGCCCCCGACCCUACUCACUGAGUCGACUCCCCUUGACCACUUAGUCUUCAAGGAAAAACAAAGCUCUCAUUCUGUUGAACCACUGCUCGGUCUCCCAGCUCUGCCUGGAAUUGGUGGGAUCUACAAGGAUGUCUCACAAGUUCGGUUGCCGCUUGUUCCAGACAGUACCGAAUCCAUGCCAUGGAGCGUAGCCGCAAUUCUCACGGAAGCAAUUCGACAUUAUCAUAGUACGAGCAACGCUGCUGAUGUUCAAACAGCUGCUCAUCUCCUUCGCACUUUACACGUUCUCUAUGAGGAUUGCGAAGACAUCUUCCCUUGUGAGGAGAGCGAAUUGAUUUUCAGAACGUACAAUGAGCAUCUUGUCAGGCAUUCGAUGGAGAUUGAGGCCGCAGAACUACGAUUAUCUUGUGUUUCAGCUUACCCAGGGGUCUACGAUUAUGCAUUGGCAGAUACAUUCAUCAAUGUUUUCUGUUUCACAUGCCAGCGGCCGUAUGAAAACCCACAGAGGGACAACCUACGCUGCCAUCGCUGCAACACGCGUCAGCCGCCUUGUCCAAUUUGCCAGAGCCUCGAACCGCCUGAAGAUUGGGUCACUGCCUAUCAAGAUUCGGAAUCACCUCGGUCAAGUAUGGUCACAACGUCCUGUGCCUCGUCCGUGCGGUCAUCGCAGUCCGCGGCCACCGAGCCCCUCCCUACGUGUGACGCUGUUGAGUUCAAACCCUUCAGCGCCAGAAACGCGCAGCUCUGGCUCUGGUGCCAAGGGUGCGGACACGGCGGUCACACGGCUUGCAUCACAUUGUGGCUUAGAGAUGUCCCGAUGAGCGAGGGUGGCUGUGCCACACCCGGUUGUUGGCACGAUUGCGCACCAGGUCCACGCCGCGAGUUCAACCGCCAGAUGCUCACAGCAGCAACGAAACGUCGAGACUCGACAAGUCGCUCAUCGGGGGUAGCGACUCCUCAAAACGAGAAGUGGCCUAGUGAGAGCCGGACUUUGCACAAGGUUCGUGGCAUGCUUGGAGCGGCAGGUGUUGCAGCCACGACUGGAACCGGUCACGGCCGACAGUCAUCUGGUGCCCUUUCGCCCAAGAAAGUGCGUCUCCUCACCCCGAAUGAGCAAGAUGGCGGGGAAGGACCAGCUGGACGAUCUACUGCACCUCCUUAG